AUGGACGAUGACACAAGCAUUCUCUGCCCUUCAAUCUGUACACAGAUGCAUCAUAGCAAUUCCCAUCCUUUUACCACUCCGCAGGGCAGUGAGAUCUCUCAAAGUCAAUGCGCUCCAGGCUCUGCUGCCACUUCGCUACAUCAACACAGGCGUGUGAUCUCUCAUCCUUCAAUACUGCAACAGAUGCUUGAUCCAAGUCUCUUUGGAGACCCUCUCCAGCAACAACAGCAAUUUUCAUCCAUGACACACAGCCAUGGAAGUUGGGGCUCCGCUAUGGAGCCAAAUACAUUUUGCAGCACGGACGCAAUGGCGUAUGAUAUUGUGGAGAAUAAGGGGAACAUACUAUCUUGGGAAGGCGAAACUCCCGGGCCUACCGAGCUGGAACUUGACCUUUUCGCCGCGACCUAUCCUCUGUUUGAUGAAUUCCGCGAGCUCGAACGCCUCGGAUACCAGACCUCCGGGCGACCAAACACCUCCACAACCUCGCAGAGAAAUUGCAGCCAGAUAUUUGAUAAUCAAUAUCCAAAUUCAGUAUCUACUGGUUCUCGACCGUCGUUUGAUAGCUCGACCUCUCGGCCGGAAAGCGCCAUUUACCCCCCUCUCUCGCCUGAGAACUCUGUUGGCUCUAGUUCCCCGGUUGACUUCCAUGUGCUCUAUGGCUCUGACUCGCUUGUACGUUCUGUACCCGAGGCCGUGAACUUGGCAUCCGAAGAUGAGACAGACGAUGACAGUGUCUCAUCCGAAGAACCCUACGCAAGACUGAUUUGGAGAGCACUCAUGUCUGCCCCUGGUCAUAAGAUGGUUUUGAAGGAGAUAUACGAGUGGUUUGAAAAGAAUACUAGCAAAGCCAAAAACUCUGAUUCUAAAGGAUGGCAGAAUAGUAUUCGGCAUAACCUGUCUAUGAAUGCGGCAUUCGAAGGUGUCAAAGAAGUUUUAUCACCUGGGGCGCAAACCCGGAAAUCUGGUAACGCUUGGGUCCUCACUGAACGUGCCAUCAGGCAUGGAGUACAGUCCACAACCCGUUACCGCAAACCAGGAGUCCACAAGAAAUCCCAAAAAUCAGAUCAUCCAGCCCCUCAGAGGCAAAAAUCAGGAGCUAGGGGAGGUCGUGCCGCCAAAAAAGCCGCCAAAUACAGACGAGCCAUUCAAGAGUCUCAAAGACUUGACCGAAACUCUCAAAAUGCGCCUCCUUCUGAUAUACCCUUCAAUCAACACGACAUACUCGCUCAAACGGCGAGCUGCGUUGAGUAUGGGCCUGCAGAACCAGUGAAUGACUACGUGUUGAGCGACUACGGGCUUGAAAACCUCUUGGGUUGUAAUGAGCUCAUACCACGAUCACCAUUAUUUUACCCCGACUUGGAUCUGGAUGAGAACCAACAACCCUCUGGGACUACUGUCUUAGGAGGCCAGCCGAUCGGUCGAGAUUUUAAUCCCCUACUCCAGUAA